AAACGAGACUCGAUUGUAAUUGUAUUUUCGCACAAAAUUCAUUAAAAUUUAAAGUAAUUAAACUUAAAAACAUUUUUUUAAAUUGCGAUACAUUUAGAAAUAUAUUUUUUUAAAUAAGAAUUAGGGAAACGAAAUUUCAAUUUUAUAAAAUGGCCGACACAGAAAAUGACGGACAGUUCAUCAAAUACAACGGUCCUGUAGACUGUGUUCAUUAUCCAGUUCAAGUUUUAUAUUGCCCGCCAGAUGUCUGCGACGGAUGGCCUCUUGAAUAUUGUGAGUAUCAUCCUGCUUUUGAAAAAGCAAAAGAAUGGGUCGAGAAAAAUCUUUCAGAAGAUGUCAAAGAACUACUAAUAGACUCAACUGCUGGUGAAAGUGGUGACAAAAAGAAGAGGCAGACGAGAGGAGGUAAGGCCCAGAUAAAAACGAAACAAAAACAAGACGUCGAGAAAAAGAUUACACUAUCAAGGUCCUGUCGGGGUAAGAAAAAGUUCGUCACUGUCGUCUCCGGCCUAUCUACCUAUGAGAUAGAUUUGAAAGUUGCCAGUAAGGCGUUCGGCAGUCGAUUCGCUUGUGGUAGCUCUGUAACCGGAGACGAUGAAAUUGUUAUUCAAGGCGACAUCAAAGACGACUUGUUCGAUUUCCUGGUUGAAAAGUGGCCCCAAAUAGACGAGGACACCAUUGAAGAUCUCGGCGACCAGAAGAGGUGAUGAUGAUGAAGGCGACGACGACGAUGACGAUGAUGGUGGGGGUUUUGAAAAUAAUGAUGGUGAUUACAAUGAUUAUUAUCGAUUCUUGCGUUGGUUGGUUUUUUGGUAAAUUUGUAAAAAUUGAAGGUUUGAGUCAAAAACGAGAAUAUUUUUCAUUGUUGUUUUUUAUUUUAUUAUCAAAAAAUGAAACAAAAUAUUUAAUUAUACGAAAAAAUGUAUAUAUAUAUAUAUAUGUAUGUACAAUUAUUCAUAACAAUAACAAUGUUUACAAUUGAAUAAAACAAUUCUUACGUACAAUUAAUGUACGGCAAUAUGUACAAUUAACGCACUGUAAUAUUAUGUACAAUUAAAUACUGUACAAUU